CGAGUACCUAGUGUAACCAGACAGCAGCCGAGUAACGCGCCACAAACGGUGAAAUCCCAGCUUUCGAAGCUACCCAAGAAUCCUUAGGCGCGUUUAGCUCAGAGGGGUUCAGAAGAGCCGAUUAUAUCCAUGAAAGACAAUGAACUUCGUGUUCCAUUGGACAGGAAUUCAAAAGCCACAGGUAGCAACCAAGCAAUACCCCCGCCGGAGAGAAUGGUUGACGCGGGAAAAGGAGAAGUAUAUAUCGGACAAAGCAGGAUAGAGCUCCAUAAGAACCGGGUGGAAGAGGCGGUCCUAAAACAGCUUGGAUAUCCUUACUUUGAAGAUGGCGAAUUUUUCAUCAUCUCGAAGCCUCCCUGGGAGGAGGUCAGGAAGGAGGUGCUUAAGUUGAGUCCGGCUCUAAGACAUAAACUUAAAUUCACAUUAGCCCGUGCCCAAGCGAGAAUUACGCAAAGCUCACAGUCGCCUUUACCAGACAUACCGGCUGUUUCUGCAAACAGUUCUAGGGUCCUGUCUGUCAAGAGAACAAUAUCUGAGGAUUGCACCCAAAAUCAUGGAAAUGAACCGCCAUUAAAACUUCUCUGCCUUGAGAUAGAGUCUAGACGACGGACAGGGCUACGCGUUGACCAUUUAAUAAGGGGUUCUAGAGCAUCUGCUAGAUGACUAUUCCUUCCAGGUCGCAAGUGUACUUUUUGGGCACACUGUAGCCACGCAUCUUUACGUAUAAUAAUAUAUGUAGCAUUAUAUCAAUUGAUACCAUUCACACCGCAGUCCGAUCAAAGCUGCAAUAAAUGGCCUGUCGGUAUGUUUUACUGCGAGUUUUUACUGCCGUUGAAAUUGAAUGUUGAUUGAUUGUAUUUCACCGUGUGGACGCUAAAAUUAUAACAAUUAGUUGAAAACAUCAACCG